AUGCCGUUUCGCACAUGGUUUACACAAAAAAAAACUGACGUUGACAAACCAAAAAAAAGCAAAACACGUCGAGAUGAAGAAGUCACAACUGAACGUGAGGAUUUAGGUUAUGGUGAUGAAAACAAAGGUGAUGACGAAAAUAUUAUAAUCGUCUAUUUAUCAAGUGAUUCACCCGAUAGUAAAGUUAUUGAAAUUCUCAAUUCUAUCAAUAAUAAUGAACUUCAGUCCGUUCUUUUGAAUAUGCCCAAGUCGGCCGAAGCUAAAGAAAUGAUGGUUUCAAAAUGUCGUGCAUAUUAUCGAGGCAAUAUCAAGGAAAUGGCCAAUAUUAGUGAAUUUGAUCUGACAUACAAAUCAACGGAAGCUAUUGAAUGGUAUACUAAGGAAACUUUUCUCUACAGAUUCAUCAACAAGGCACUCCGUACUGAAGAUGUCGAUGUACUAUAUCACUUUCGUUUCUAUAUUAUUGAUUUAUGCAAGCAACUUGAAAUAAAAUACAUCGAAAUGAAAAGUACAAUGAAGGAAGUACUAAAAUUAUAUCGUGGAUUGAACAUUAGUCCUGAUGAAGUACAAAACUUCAAACGAAACAUGGGUAAUUUGAUUUCGACCAACGGAUAUUUAUCGACAAGUCGAGAUCGUUCGGUUGCAUACGGUUUUGCUACAAAGCCCAACAACCGAGUAGGAGUUGUGCGUUGUCUUUUUGAAUAUCAGGUGGAUUUGGAACUUGUCAAAAAUAUUGUUGUUGCUGAUAUUUCUCAAUAUUCGGCAUUUCCAGAAGAAGCCGAAGUACUUGUUGAUAUUGGUGCAUCAUUUCGAAUUGAGUUAUGUGAUUACGAUCCGACUGAUGAUCUAUGGCAUGUCAUGGUAGCGGCAACUGAUCAGGGUGCUGCAUUAGCUGCCGAAUAUAUGGAAUAUCAGAAGAAGAAAAUGAUUGAUGCAAAUGUUAUUCUUAUGUUUGGUAGUUUACUUCUUGAAAUGGGAGAAUAUGACAAAGCAGGCAAAUAUUUUGAUAAUAUUCUAAAUUCAUCGGCUCCAAAUGAUGAAGAAAUUGCGUGUCUCUAUUUUAAUUUCGGUCGUACCCAUCGACUCAAAGAAAAUUUUGAACGAUCAAUAACUUGUUAUACAAAGUCAUACGACCUACAUUUUUACACUAAACCUAAACGACUGGCCAGCGCAGGGAAGGCACUUAAUGGUUUGGGAAUUGUUUAUUGUGAAAUAGGUGAUCAAGAUAAGGCAAUGGAAUGUUUUGAAAGAGCUAUGAAACUAUUUAACAAGAGUAUUCGACGAAAACAUGUCGAUAUAGGUGGAACACUCAUCAAUAUGAGUACGAUUCAAUAUGAAAGAAGACAGUACGACAUCGCUUUGGCGAAUGCUCGUGAGGCACAAAAAAUCUUCGAAAAAGCACUUCCACCUGCUCAUCCGAAUAACGCUUUGACUUUGGCUACUCUGGCCAAUAUUUACUUGGCUCUUGGUGAAUAUGAUCUUGCUCAAAAAAAUUAUGAACGUGCUUUAGAACUCGAAAUGAUAGCAUUACCUAGCGAUCAUCCAGAUAUUGCUCGAACAUUACACAACAUUGGAUUAAAUCAUGCACAUCAAUACUAUAUGAAUGAAGCACGUGAUUAUUUCGAAAAGGCAAUGGAUACAGUUGCUCAAUCAUUAUCCAAAGAACAUCCGAUCAUACGAACAGUUGAUACUAAUCGAAAUCAUGUACUUCAUGGCGCGCAUAAGCGUCUCAUGUUUCGAUUUUAA